AUGUAUAUUGCUCUUGGGUCUCUUGUAUAUACUACUCCUAGAAAUUAUGCCACCCUUUUGCAAUCUGCUCUUGAAUUAAUCAAUCAGAAUAUUCUUGAUGGAGUGAUCUGGGCAACUGUAAGAUUUAAUGUAUCGGAACUACCUUCUACAUUUACACUCUCUACCGGUGAGGUUAUACCCACUUCAAAUAUUUUAAAUAAUUUAUACCCGCACAUUCAUGUUUCAAAAUAUGCCCCUCAGUUUGCAAUACUUUCUCAUGAGAAUACUAAAGUGUUUUUAAGUCAUGCUGGUAUAGCUAGUAGUCAUGAAUCUAUGUAUACAGCUACUCCAAUGUUAGUACUUCCAAUAGCGCUUGAUCAUCCUGGAAAUGCUGAAAGAUUGGAGCUUACUGGUAUGGCUUUAAAACUUUCAAAACUUGAUCUGAAAGUUAAUGAUAUAAUAUCAAAAAUUAUAAGAUUAAUGAACGAAAGAAGUUUUAAAAUGAAUGCAAUGAGAAUGCAAGUGUUGGCAAAAUGUAAUAGCAAAAGAAAAUACAGAGGUGCAGAUUUAAUUGAGAUAAUGAUGAAUCUGGCAAAACUUGAAGGUAUUAGGAAUGAGAAUAAUGAACUGGAGGUAGACAAUGAAUUAUUAUUAAGACAUUGGAUCACUCCCGAUUCAAGAAUGGGUCUCAUUAGAGGAAAGUAUUUAGAUGUUUUUGGUGCUGCUGUGAUUAUUAGUGUAGCAUUGAUUAGUGGUCUUGUGUAUAGUUUUUAUAGGACUAUUAGGUUCAUUGUCUUGAGAUGGUCUCUUAGAAGUAGGAAUCCACGAGAAAGUUCUUCGAAACAUAAAAAUGAAUGA